GCAGCAUCAAAGUGCAUGUGAUAUCCAUAGGCACAAGGUAGCUCACACAUCGUCUCAACACAAGUGAACCAUAACUUACCGUGUCUGCGGGAUCCCCACAAUAAUGAGUCCGCUUUCCCUAGUAGGCAAAAAAGCCGUUAUCACCGGAGGCUCGCGCGGGAUCGGCUUUGCCAUAGCGCAACGGUUCGCCCGAGAAGGCGCCAGCGUUGUGUUGGCCGCCCGAACUCUGUCUAAGCUCGAGACCGCGCACAAUGAGAUACGCAAGGCGGUACCGCCACUAGAGGGGUCCGAAGAACCUGAAACGGCCCAGACUCACAGCAUAUUCCCUCUCAAUAUCCAGGGAGAGGAAGGGUGGAAGCGCCUUGUAAAAGACCAUCCGCGAAUCGAUAUCCUAGUUAACUGCGCCGGUAUAGCACAGCAGUCCCUGCUCGUCCGAACGAGCGAGGACCAGGUCGAGCAGCUGCUCGAUGCCAACCUGCGCGGCACCAUCCUGGGAUGCAAGAUCGUCGGCAAGCAGAUGAUCUCCCAGCGACAGGGCGGAUGUAUCAUCAACCUCUCGAGCCUGCUAGCCAUGCGUGGUUCUAUCGGGACAGCGGUGUAUGCCGCCACCAAGGCUGGUCAACUAGGCUUGACUACUGCUUUGUCCCAGGAAUAUGGCAGCUACGGGGUCCGCGUCAACGCCAUCGUACCAGGCUACAUCAACAGUGACAUGACCCAGGAUCUCGCGAAGAAAGACGAAUUGACCGGAAAGAUACCCCUCCGACGCUUUGGUCAUGUAGACGAGGUCGCUGAUGCCGCCGCCUUCCUCGCCAAAAACGAGUAUGCAAACAACUGCAUCCUCCAUAUCGAUGGCGGGCUGAGCGCCGUCUGAGAUACCAUCAUGCGCCGGUUGCCUUUCGCUGCUCCUGGUAUCUCCCAUGGGAGCUUUCAAUCAUCGUCAAUCACGAUGGCACCCCCUGUGCUAUCGUCAACGACGACAAUCUCGUCAUCAUCUUGGCCUGCGGUCGGCCCUGCAGCAGUCCUCGCUUUCUUGAUCGCCCCUGUAUCCUCGGCCUCAUCCGGGUGUGGGCGUUUAGCUGGCGUAAUCUCGGGUACUACUAUGCUCUGCUGCCU